CGGCAGGCGAUACGUGGCGGAGGAGGAGAAUAGUGAUGAUGCGGACAUGGCGGACAUCGGCGGCGAAGGAACAGAGCUUCAUGAUUUUGAAAGCGAUGAAGACGAUGAUGCGGUAGCGGAGACAGAGGAUUCCGCCAUUAUGGUCGCAGCCCGCGCCGCAGCAGAGUGCUGGUCCGCUGGUAAGCCCCUCGCCGCCGCGAUGGCGGCUCUUUCAGUGGACCGCGCUGUCGCGCUUGUGCGGCGUUUAGCAGGCCUGUUGGCCACUGCCGUACCUCCAGCCACUGCGGGCUCCAGGAGCGGAGAUGGCCAAGCGGACAGCACCGCAGUCAGGGACAAGGUUGCCGCCCUCAAUCCCCGUGCAUGGGCGGCCCACGCCGCCUGUCUGCUGCGGGCUCUGCCCGGUGGCCCCGCGCAUCGCCAUGCCGCCCUGGACCUGCUGCUUGCCGCCCGGCCGGAGUGGCGCAGCUGGCGCACCUGGGCGGGGGCGGCAGCGGCGGCGGCCCAGCUGUCUGGGAGCAGCAGCAGCAGUGACAGCCGCGCCCUCCUCCGCCCUGACCCGUCCUUGGAGUACCUGGCCAGGCUGGUGGCGGCGGAGGGGGCUGCGGAGGUGUUGAUGCUGGGGCCGGCUGGGGCUGCGGCGGCGUCGGAGGGCACGAGAGGCGCAUCAGAGUGCGGGGAGGGUGGGUGUGACGGACAUGGUUGGGUGAUAUUGGAGCUGCUGUGUGGUCACCAUGCGGCGGAGCGAGUAACAGCAGUAGCAGUGGCACCAAUGCCAGCGGAAGACAAGGAAGACGAGGAGGAGAAGGCGGUUCCCGAGGGUAGCAAAGCAGGCGAGGAUGUGGCAGUAAGCUUUGCUAUCAGCGGUUCCUGGCGGCGAGCGGUGGGGCGAGCUGCGGAGGCUUUGCUGCGGCACGUGGUGCACUGCAUCAGCGCUGUGGGGGAUGACAGCGAGGCAUCAGGCAGGGCGCUGUGGGACCUGGUGGACCAGCUGGCCCAGGGCUGCAGGGGCCCUGCUUCGGACUCCCAGGCGGUGCCAUCCGCAGCAGGUCGUUUCGAGGAGAACUCGAAAGCAGACCUUCCGAACCCUCAGGCCGCCUUCCUGGACUCCCUGUGCCACGUGGCUUCAGUCAUGCAGCGCGCAGCUGCCGAUGCCGAGGCAGCAGCCUGCGGGGGCGCUGAUCUCCUAGCCUCCCCGUUGUUAGCCCAACAGCAACACCUAUGUCACACAUGGCUAAGCACUUGCCGCCCCGAUGCAUGCACAAGCCCUGACUGCUUGCCGCCUCAGGCGCUGCUGCGAUUGUUGCCGCUGGUGGCGGGUCCGAUUCGCCGCGCCGCCGUUGCUGCCGCCUCUCGGGGUAGCGGCUGUGGGGCCGCCAUCAGCGCUGGGGCAGUACCAGGCACAGGGUCAGAGGCUGAGGCGGUUGUUGCUGCGGCGGGGCUUCCGGGGCUGUCAUGCGCCUGGGUGCGGCACUGCCUGGCGGGGGACGCUGUGCUGGUCAACCCAUCAUCUUCGGCAGUGACAGCGCUGGAGAUGGCGGCGGCCUGCUUCCCGCUGCCACCUCUUCGAAGCCGAAAGCAGCAGCAGCUGAUUCCGCUGAGGAGGAAGCGGCUCACACGUGCGUCAUCCGGCUGGCGCACGCAGCAGUGGUGUACCAGUGGCAGGCGCUGGAGGAGCUCGAGUGGACAGCACUGCUGACGUUUGUGGAGGAACAUCUGGCAGCCGCAGUGGCAACACUCUCCGGCUGCCUGGCGCAGCUGGCAGCCGUCGCACGCGCCGCCGCAGAUGCGCUGCUGCAGCAGUCCCCCGGCAGCACCCCCGCAGGCCCCAUGGCGCUACAGCUGCUGCGGAAGCUGUGUCAGCGGGGGGUACUGGGCCAGGUGGCUCAGGGGCGGCAACUCGUG